AUGCAUCUCCCUCGCGCGCUUUCGCUCCCUCUGUUCGCCUCACGCUCUUUGUGCACUUCGCCGACCCCCUUUUCUCGCCUCCUUCUUCUUUCAGAACUAUAUCGAUUGAUCGCAUGCCGAUGGCUUCCACUGUUGAACGGCGAAUCACCAUCUCCGCUGGGCCUCGGCGAUUCGUGCAGGUGCUACUUCAGUUGCGAGGAUAUUGAUGCUGGGGUUAAGAUCUUUGAAGAGUAUAUAAGCUCAAGACCUCCAACUGCUGAGUUGUAUGUGGAGAAAAUGAAUGCAAGAGGAUUCUUCUUGAACCCAAAGAUGGGAAGUGACCUCCUGCUUGCAGCAGCAGGAGAAAAGAUGGGUGGAUACACUACCGCCAAUUAUGUUUGGGAUCUUUUGCAAAGCCACAAGAUCACUCCAUGGCUGCCUGCAGUGAAGGCCUUCUAUGAAGGCUUAAAGGAAAGGGAGAUACCAUCAGAUAACCCAAGGCUUGUAUUGGUUGGGCGCUCACAGGACAAUGUAAACCUCAGAUUUGGAGGGAGGCGAAAUGUCUAGAACAGAUUAAUCGAGUGCUUUCUUACUUUGAGAUGCUUCCAAGAGCAUCAGGUGUGGUCUCCAUGCCCACUUGAUCCAGAAGAAAGCACAGUAGAAAUCUUGAAGUCCAGCUACGUGUCCGUAAGUUCUGCUCGGUUGCGAUCGCAACUUGUGUCACAGAGUCAUUACUCGAGCAGAUGGUCGACUGAACUUCCACAACUUUUGGUUUUCUGCACCAAUAAUAUUUAGCCACUGACAACUUCUGAAAUGAGAGGAACAAAAACCAAAGUUGGUGAAGAAGAACUUGGUCUCAACAAUCACUGGUCUGGAUUCUGAGUUUUGAGUUCUUUGAGUGUUGCAACUGUGUGAUUGGAAAUGUCUACUACCGUUAUAGUAGUGGAUAGUAACAUGCUUUUGUGCAUUGGAUUCAUUGCAGAAACAUAGACUUGUAAUAGGUACAUUUGACGAGCUGAAG